CGAGUUCAUUAGAGUUUUAUGCAUCAUUUAUUUAUUUAGGGGGAGCCAAAACAUUUCAGGAAGACAUAUACAGGAGUAUAUAUUUGUACAAAAUGGUGUUCCUGAUUUAUUUAGCUCCAAUUAUUUGCCUAUUCGUGGGAACCGAGGGCACAGGUUCUUUCCUCAGAAAUCCUUCGACCUCCGAUCUGCUCCCGUUCCUUAAGGCCGCCCCGAUCUUCCCCACCGUCGCUCGACCCAUCUUUCCACCCCUCAUCUCAAACGCCCGAGUUGACUACGGAGUUGGAUUGCCAGGGGGCCGAGGCAGUGCGACGGAUAGCUGCUCAGAAAACAGGACCUUGGCCUUGUGGGAUUAUGGCGUCAUCACUUCGCCCAAAUAUCCAGAAGACUAUCCUCCUUCCACCCAGUGCGAAUGGUUACUGUCGGCCCCAGAAGGAACAACAAUCCACGCCACCAUUUUCGAUAUUGACAUGCAGCCUUGGUUUUUGAACUAUUUCGACUCACUCUCAAUCUCAAGGGACGGGGCCUUCUAUGCCGUCGACAAUUAUGCUGGUGAUCAGAAUGAAAAGACUCCUUUCACCGUGCUCUCAAAUGGGACCAAGUUGGGGAUUAGAUUUAAGUCUAACAGCAUUUUAAAUUACAGAGGAUUUAAACUUGCCUACGUCGUUAAACCUGUCGACGCUUCACAAGGAGACUUUGAGUCUAACGAUGACGGAGUUUGUGGUCGCUCAACUUAUGUCCCCACUGAAUCAACGACUACUACGGUUGCUCCAAGUGAGUCGACGACCACUUCAGCUCCCUUAGACAACAGUACUCGAAUUAUUGGAAAUAGCUCUGCAGACCCGCAUUCAUUUCCUUGGAUGGUCGCCAUGCUCAUUGACCACAAAUCAUUUUGCGGUGGAAGUGUCAUUGACGAGACCCAUAUUUUAACGGCUGCCCAUUGUACCAGCGGUGCUGAACACAUCACGCUGUUGAUCGGAGCCCACAACAUUAAGGCAUCCAAGGAAGAGGAACCCAAUCGUAUUGUCGUAAACGUGACCAAGGAGAAUAUCUUUACUCAUCCAAAGUACAAUAUGGACAGCAUCACUUACGACAUUUCAAUCAUUCGUCUCCCCGAGAAACUCACAUAUGCACCCAACAUCGGUCCAGUUUGCCUUCCAAACAGGAAACAUGUGGCCGAGACAUUUGACAAAGAGGCUGUUACGGUGGCUGGGUGGGGCAUCACAGCUGACCGUGGAAAGGUGAGCCCUGUGCUCCAAAAGACAAACGUGACCAUACUUGGAAACGCUGCUUGUCGUCACACUUUCCGCGACAUCCUCACCGGAAAUAAUAUAUGCGUUAAGACAACACCGACUCACUCGCCAUGUCGUGGGGAUUCAGGAGGUCCUUUGAUGAUACGAGAGGGUGAAGGGGUGGACCCACAUUACACCGUUUUGGGGGUGGUGUCUUUUGGAACUUUCACUUGCGAACGUGGUUUCCCAGUGGCCUUCACACGCAUCACAGCUUUCUUGGAUUACAUUACUGAAAUUACUGGAAGAAGGCUUUAACAAAUAAUUCCGAAGUGUUUCAUGUCACAUUAUUUAUAUUUACAAAGCAUAAUAAAACUACACAAGUUCACAAUCCGUGUUUGUUUUCCAGAAUAAA